AGUCGCGGAUUUAGUGAUUACAUUAUCAGAAGGUGAUAAUCAAUAUCCCAUUUUUUUUUUACCUAAAUGCUAUUUCCAAAUUCAAAAUCCGGUGUUCGGCACAUUUUUUGUUGUUUUUAUAAUAUUUGUACAUUACUCAUCCGAAAUUAAGAGAUCUCCGCUCUACUUGACUAUCGCAUGUUUUCUUAGAGUUUAACUAAUCCGAUCAAGAGUUAGGUACUAUUCUAGCACACUGCUUUCGAAAAAGUAACGUGUAAGUAGUUUUAUAAAGUGAGUAAUAUUUAAACCAUGUAAAUGGCUGAACGACUAGAACUCAGAAAUUUGGUGGUCGAGUCGGAUACGCCAUCAACAAGUUCGCCGAUAACGCCAAAUGUGACGUCGUCCCCUAGAACACAAAUAAAAAUUCUCGGUUUACUGUUGGCUGCUAUAUCAUCCUUAUUCUUCUCUCUAAGUACAUUGAUAGUUAAAUUGCUCAACAAUAUGGACCCAUUGGAAUUGGCCGCCAUUCGUUUUGUUGGAAUAUUGAUUCCAUCAUUACCCAUACUGAUCUACAAUAAACAGAAUCCAUUUCCAAAAGGUCAACGACUCAUGCUACUACUUCGUGCGUUUGCAGGGGCCACUUCAUUGUCUCUCGUAUUCUACGCCGUCAGACACAUGCCCUUAGCUGAUGCUUCAGUAAUUGUAUUCAGCGUGCCUGUUAUAGUCGCAAUAUUUGCCAGAAUAUUUCUCAAGGAACCAUGUGGACUGUUCCAUUACUUCACAUUAUUCUUAACUAUGAUUGGAGUCUUAUUGAUCACAAGACCUCCUUUCUUAUUUGGGAAGUCGACUGCAGAAUACAAUUUUUUAGGUCCAUUAGCUGCUUUGUUAUCUACAUUUUUUGGAGCUAUUGUUUAUAUACUACUUAGAGCUUUAAAGAACUUACAUUUCAGCGUUAUCAUGGUGACGUUUGCCACUUACUCUAUAAUACAAACGACUAGCAUGGCUUGGGCUACAGGGAACUUGUGUUGGCCAAAAUGUGGUACUGAGAGAAUUUUAGUAGUUGCUUUGGGCUUAUUCAGUUUUUCUGGACAAAUGUUAUUAACCAUUGCAGCCCAACUCGAAGAAGCUGGAUUGGUUGCUAUUGCAAGGACUGUUGAUGUGGUGUUUGCUUUUGCGUGGCAGAUAAUAUUUUUUAAUGAGGUACCUAAUAUUUUCAGUAUUAUUGGUGCAGUGUUGGUGACUUCAUCUGUUGUACUGAUUGGCCUAAGAAAGUGGAUGAUGACUAUGCCUUCUACAUCUAGCUUCAGGAAAAAAUUUGGAUUUCUAUUUUUAUGACAGCCAGAUAUAUAUCACUUAUUAUUAAACUAUUGAUCUGCCUAACACCAGUAUUACUUAAAAUAAUUAAAUCACUUUGUUUAUUAAAUGUAUAUUGUGAAAUAUUAAAAUUUUGUGAAAGUAAAAAAGUACAAUUUAACUAGCUCAAUAUUAGUUUACACGCUUAUUAUAUUUUAGUUGUGAAUCUGUACGUAUACCAUUUUAAGACUUGUAUUUUAGAAACAGCAAUUUGUGAUCGUUAAUUAUUUCAUAAGUUAUUAUUUUAAUAAUAGAUUAAAAUUGUUUUCUGACAAUUAUUUAAAAUUAUUAACAUUUUUAUAAAAGUAUGCCAAAUUAAUUUUUUUUUAAUUUGAUUAUAUUUAUAGCAAACUUUAAAUUAUUAUUACCGAACAAAUUGUAUUUGUAUAGGUUUAACAAUGAUCUGUCUUCUGUGUUUUAGUCUUUUUUCUAAAAUUACUUUCUUUAAACUGAAAUGUUCUAGUCAAUAACAUGUAAUCUAUUGAGUAAAUUUUACAUGGUAUACACAUGAGGUUAAAAAUUGUAUUUUUUUUUUUUUUUUUUUUU